AGACUGUCUCUAGGUGGUAGCCGUGUGCUUACGUCUCGAUCCAAUCGACAAGGUUGUUGUCUUGUGCAGGGCUUGCACGCUCCGUGCUGGCCCUUACACCCAGAGCAGCUGCACGGUACUGGGUUACUGUAUGCCUCACGACGAGUCGAAUAGGGGCAAUCUGGGGCAUAUUCAUUACCGCUAUGUGCCACCAUCUCUUCACUCGCCAUGUUCCACGUUUUCGGUAUGGCGAAAGGCAGUUUGUAGGACUUUGUCCUAAAUGGCUUUAGUGGACCUAGGUUGUCCUUUUGCCCUGCGUUUAAGAGCCGACGUUGAAAUGCGGUCCUGCGUUGACCUAUGACAUUAGCCUUCAGACCCUUGUUUACAUAGGAAUUUGACCCGUACGAUGAUAGGGUCUUUGGCGCUGCCUUUGGUAUAUGACAUGGACGUGUAGCCCUGCGUUUGACUUUGGGGUAUAUAUUGUGGUCCCACAUUUAACCUGUGGCCCUUGGCUUGACCUAUCACGUUAACUCAUGGCACUGCGUUUGACCUAUGACGCCGACCUGCUGCCCUACAUUUCACAUAUGUCGCUGACCUGCCUACUUUGCUUUCAGCGGCACUCACGGUUACAUGGCUCCCGAGGUGCUGGCCAAGGGACAGGUGUAUGACAGCAGCGCAGACUGGUUCAGUCACGGCUGCAUGCUCUACAAACUGCUCAAAGGCCACAGUCCGUUCCGGCAACAUAAGACCAAGGACAAGCACGAGAUUGACCGGAUGACUCUCACAAUGAACGUCGAGCUGCCGGACACGUUCUCACCCGAACUGCGCUCCCUGCUCGAGGGUCUGCUGCAGCGCGACGUCGACAAGCGGCUCGGCUGCCUCGGACGCGGAGCGGAGGAGGUGAAGGAGCACCCGUUCUUCCGUGACCUGGACUGGAAGCAGGUAUACCUGCAGCGCUACACGCCGCCCCUGAUACCGCCCCGGGGCGAGGUGAACGCCGCUGACGCGUUCGACAUUGGAUCGUUUGACGAGGAGGACACCAAGGGUAUCAAACUGACCGACCAGGAUCAGGACCUGUACAAAAACUUCCCGCUGGUUAUCUCGGAGCGGUGGCAGAGCGAGGUAGCCGAGACGGUGUUUGACACGGUGAACGCAGAGGCCGACAAACUGGAGCAGAAGAAACGCUCCAAGCACAAACAGCGCUUCGACGCCGACGAGAGGGAGUCCGACUGUAUCCUGCACGGUUACGUGAAGAAGCUGGGCGGUCCGUUCGCCUCGGCGUGGCAGACGCGGUACGCCAAGCUCUACCCCAACCGGCUGGAGCUGCAUCCCGAGUCGGGCAGUAGCAAGCCGGAGCUGCUCUUCAUGGACCAAGUGGAAGAGAUAGCUGCCGAGCUGCAGCACGUCAAGGGCGAACAGAGCAUCGUCAUCAAGACCAAGGAGGGCAAGGUGGUGCUCACCAACUCGGAUGAGAUCGGCCUGAAGGAGUGGGUUCUGAGCCUCCGGUCUACCCACAAGACCUCGCUAGACAUGCUCGGCAAGAUGGCAAAGAAGGCCGGUAAGAUCUAUGGCACUGAUUUGGACUCAAAUUGUACGAGAAGUGCCAACGGCGGGAACUAGCGAAAUUGGAGCGUAUCAAGCGCAACGUGUGCUACGCGCCGGACGCCUGGUGCCGAUUGUAUGAACUAAUACCUCUACCUGCGCUACUAGAUGGCGGGCACGGCGCUGCGCUCCUGUGGCGCGAGUGGAAUGCUAGUCAGCGGGGAGGCGCUGGCGCCGCGCCGGGUCUUCAGUGUCGCGUUAGACGGACUCGAGGGUGCUGUCGUGUCGUACUUCGCCUACAUUUUCUACUAGUCCCCACGGUGCCAUUUCGCCCCCCGGACCGGCGUCGCUGCCGACCGGCUCGGGCGUGUUGACUUUUCUACUUGGUUUGUGUUCAAGUCUCUGCACACAGUCCCGAUUCGUUUAUAUUCUGUGGGGCGGCGGCCCAGUCUCGUGCGAGUGAGGGAGUGCUGUGCUGCCGGCUGGCGCGUGCCUGUGAUCGUGCGUGCGAGGCUGUAGGUUUCCGCGUGCGGGCGGCGCCCCGCGGCACGGACUGUGUAGUAGACCCGGCGUCGGACCAGCCGCUGGCUGCCGCGCGAGCCUGCCGGGGCGCCGCCGCGCCUCUCCGAGCGCCCCCAGUUUCAACCCGGAUAUACUCCACGCCUCUGAGAUUUCAGCUCUGUGUCGACCGCUCCCUGCCGUUUCAGUCCAGCGACGCCUGCCUGUGCUAUCCGCGUUUUAUAGGAAAUUUAUCAUGCAAUCGUUUUAAUCGAUUCUGAUUUGUUGACGAAGGAUCGGGCUUCUGUGUGUGUAUGUGCGAGUGUGAACGGAAUGUGGUUGUUCCUCGGGGGUGUCCAGUAGCCUUUCUGCGCGGGCCGCACGUCCUCCCAGCGUGGCGGUGCUCCGAUCUGGGCACUGGUGCAGGUCGCAGGUCACUGAUGACCCUGACGGCACCGGUUUUAUGGUCCGCGCGGGGCAGAUCCUUGACGACCGGUGGUCGGCCGGCUAUGCACCACACCGAACUGGGACGCAAAAGGCCUAGGGAGGACCCGCGCAGAGUGGAGCCCGCUGAGGCGCACCCUCGCGCAGUGUGCGCCUGUGUAUGUGUCCGCGUGUGAGCGUCCUUUGUGUGCGUUUAGGGAGUGCGUGCGCCUAGGAUCGUGAGCUACCUGGGAACUGUGUCUGUGUGGUUACUGUUCAGUGCGGUGGACCUCUGGCGGCGACGGCGCCACACUGCAGUUGGUCCGGCGGCCGGCAGAUGUCAGGCGCGUCGGGCCGGCGCUCGCCCUCCUCCCUUCCUUCCCUUCUGUGUGUGUCGCCCGGCCGGCGCGGACGACGGACGCGGCGCUGGUCGCUCUGUUUUCUACGCGCCGCGGUGUGUCGGGGAGCGGCGCGUGCUCGCGCUCUCCCGGUACCCCGGCGGGGCGGACCGGCGCCGCCGCCCCGCCGCGCGCCUGGCCGGCCGUGGGCGCUAUAUACAUGUGAUACCGGUGCGCUGGUGUUUCGUUGUUGAGUUUGUACAGUGUACAUUGAGGACUGCCGACCGGCCGGCCCGCGCCGACGGCUCGGUCGUCGGCGCGUGCGCACAACGUCCGUGAGUCCAUUGUCGCUGACGUGUGAACAUUAUACAUAUACGUAUAUAUAAGUAUAUCCGAAUAUUUCGUAAUAAAAUGUUUCCGAUGGC